GGCUGCUGACUCUCGCCAUGUUGUUUGCCCUGGCGGCGGCGGAGAAGAGACGGAGGAGCAGCACCGUAGACUGCCGCGUUCUUCAGCCUGAGGCGGGAAACUUUAUGAGCAGCGUUCCCCGAACAGUUCCUGAGUGAUGUCAGACAGUGAAGCUGGGAGAACACCAUAUUGAAGACCUAAAAUUAGUAUAGCUUUCACAAUGGCAUCAAAGUCUUCCUUACUGAAAGUAAUACUUUUGGGAGAUGGAGGUGUGGGAAAGAGUUCUCUGAUGAAUCGAUACGUUACCAACAAGUUUGACACUCAGCUGUUUCACACAAUAGGCGUUGAGUUCUUGAACAAGGAGCUUGAAGUGGACAAUCACAUGGUCACCAUGCAGAUCUGGGACACUGCAGGUCAGGAACGGUUCAGGAGCUUGAGGACCCCUUUUUACAGGGGAUCUGACUGUUGUCUACUAACAUUUAGUGUAGAUGACUUGCAGAGCUUUCAGAACUUAAACAACUGGAAGAAAGAAUUCAUCUACUAUGCAGAUGUCAAAGACCCAGACAGUUUUCCGUUUGUGGUUUUGGGAAACAAAGUUGACAUCAGUGAACGUCAAGUGUCCAUGGAAGAAGCUCAGGCUUGGUGCAGAGACAAUGGGAACCAUCCAUAUUUUGAGACCAGCGCAAAAGAUGCCAUCAAUGUGGCAGCAGCAUUUGAAGAAGCUGUCCGAAGGGUUUUGGCUAUUGAAGACAGAUCGGACCAACUGAUGCACAACGAUACAGUAAAUCUACAUAGAAAACCCAAGUCCAGCUCGUCAUGCUGUUGACGCACAAUAGGUAUUGCGCCUGGUGGAGCCAUUCAUCCUGCAAGGCAUGCUCAAAAAGAAGCAAACCAGGAUAUCACACUGGAGAUUCAUUAAUAAGUCGAUUAAAACCACUUUUCUGGAGAAGCCGUAGACCUAAUACGAGCUAUCACUCAUGGUGGGAGGAAAUAUAUCACAGAUGCUAUGCCGCUUACUCCGAAUAAUAUGUGUAUUAAUGUAACUAACAAGUCUUAUUGUAAAUGCGCGAGACACGUCUCCUAAAGGUUACACCUCAUGUCCCCAUUUAUUUAUGUGCAGUCAUAACCGUAGGUUAUAUUGGCAGCAUACCGUUCACAUGACAUUUAGAAACUCCUCUGCCGUCUGUUUUCAGCUCUGUAUACUUACCUGCUGGACCCUUAUGUUUAACUUGCUAUUGGCGGAAAAGUCCACCAUUUGGUACUGUAACCUCCGUUUUGUAUAUUGGUGUCAUAGAGGUUAAUUUACUAACACCUUUUGAUAUGGUCUACUUAUAUCAGAAACCUGCACAAGUUACAUUAUCCGCACCUCUGUGAAGAGAUGGUUGUAGCCGUAAACUGC